AUGGUCGAAAGAAAGCAGAAAAGUGCGUUCGUUGUCGACGUAGCGGAACAAAAUAAAUCACACGCCUCGGACUUUUAUUAUGCCGUUCAGAUAAGCGUUCGUUUAUUGAAGCCAAUCGGUGCUUGGCCAUUGGCUAAUGAUGAGACCUCGAGAUUCAAGAUUAUCACGCACAAAGUAUCGAUGAUAAUCGCAUUGUUUCUCUUCACUUUCACCAUCGCGCCGUGGAUUGCCGAUACUAUGAAAGAGAAGUGGAGCGUCUUCCUGAUUCUCCGUUUGUGCCCCUUAUUCUUUACAAUGACGGUCUUUGCGAGAUAUAUUCUGCUGGUGUGGCAUCAGGAGCAGCUGAGGUCCUGCAUCGAUCACGUAGCUGAUGACUGGCAGUGCGUCAUAAUUCCUAAGGAUCGAGAAAUCAUGCUGGAAAAUGCUCGAAUGGGCCGCACAUUCGGCACUUUUUCCGUAGCUUUUAUGUUCAGCUGUGGUGCGCUGUAUUACACUCUGCCUAUAGUUUCAUUGAACACGAUUGAUGAAGAUAACAUGACUGUAAGAUUGCAUCCGUCACCCUGCGAGCUGAUUGUGUGCGAUUGUCAGGCUAGUCCUGUAUAUGAAAUUGCGUACUUUUUACAAUUUCUCUGCGGCUAUACAGCCUACAGCACAUUCUGCGGUAUUUGUAGUUUGAUCGCCAAUUUCGUCAUGCAUGUAUGCGGUCAGUGUGACGUGUUAGUGUCAAUUUUUGAAGAAACCGUUGAUGGUGGCGAGCACAAUAAUGGUCCAAUCGACAGCCGAAUCGCUACCGCGGAUUUAAACAAUAACGAAUCGUUUGUACAGAUCUUUAUGUAUGUCUUCGGCCUUGUGUCAAUUAUUUUUAACAUAUUUAUGUUCUGCUACAUCGGUGAUUUGCUCAAAGAAUGCUGCCAGAACGUGGGAACCGCAUGCUAUGCAAUGGAAUGGUAUCGAAUGCCUCCUAAAAAAGCCAUUGAACUAAUUAUGCCGAUUGCAAUGUCCCGGUAUCCUGCGACGCUCACCGCCGGAAAACUGCUGUCGAUGACCCUAGCCACAUUCUCUGACGCAGAUGUAAAAUAUGCUGUUCAACAAAAUUACGUUGUACUUUGCAUGCUUGGUAUCUGGCCAUCGAUUGACAGACGGCCGAACACAAUUGAGAAAAUUGUAAAUAUUACUGUCAUGAUCAGUUGCUACUUUUUUCUCCAAUGCGAUAUCGUACCGGGUGUUCUUUAUUACGUGUUUGUCGAUAAUGAGACACGCGAAAAAAUAAAAAUGGUGCCGCCAGUUUUAUACUCAAUCAUGAUGAUUGCCAAAUACAGUAAUUUGAUUAGUCACGAGUGCGACAUCAGGAGCUGUCUGCGACACAUUAAGGAAGAUUGGGAAAUAAUAAUUACUGAUGGUGCGCGAGAAAUGAUGCUGGACAAGGCCAACACCGCAAGACGAUUGUUCAUCUUGUGCUGCACGUUCAUGUACGGUGGAGGACUCUGUUACAAUAUGAUAAUGCCGCUGUCGCAAGGAAGUAUCGUCACCGAUCAGAACAUCACGAUUCGACCGCUGUCCUGUCCCGGUUAUUACGUUUUCUUUAAUCCGCAGAAUAGUCCCGCUUACGAAAUCGUAUUUCUCCUGCAGGCCCUUUGCGGCUUCGUCAUGUACACGAUCACGGUGACAACUUGCAGUCUCGCCGCGCUUUUUGUGAUGCACGCGUGCGCCCAGAUGCAGAUUUUAAUGCGCUUGAUGGAGAUUUUUGUUGAAGAGAGUGAAUUGGAUAAAAAAAAUACCACUGCAAAAUUGGCUAUCAUAGUUGAACAUCAGAUAAGAAUACGAAAUUUCUUGCAACUAGUGGAGAAUACUUUACGCUAUAGUAACUUAGUCGAAAUAGCAGAAGAAAUAUGCUGGACUUCUUGCACACUCGAUUGGUAUCGUCUUCCAAUAAAUACGGCGCGAGAUAUGAUAUUAGUGAUAGUUGCUUCAAACGUUUCGCCACGACUUACCGCUGGAAAAUUCAUGGAGCUGUCUUUCAGAACAUUUGGUGAUGUAAUUAAAUCUGCUGUAAUCUAUUUAAAUAUACUUCGACAACUAACUGAAUAA